AUGGCCCCUGGAAUCACAGAGGUCGUGGAGGAGGAGAGAUUCGAGGCCAAGAAAGCUUCCAAGUUGGAUGCCAUCAAGGCUCUGAACAAUGGGUAUAGUCAUGGUGGACGGGACGAAGAGGGACAUCAGAUGAAUGGUCGGUCGGAUGUAUCCACUGCCGCCGUCAACAACACAGACUCUACUGCGGAGGAUGAGACGCCCGUGUUCACGAUGCCUUCUAUUCAUAAGUUGAGAGAGGCUCAGCGGCGGGKUGAGCAUGACUUUCGGUCGGAUACGGUUACGGUGCCGACGGUACAUAUGAUGCAGGCCAUGAUCGAAUCCUCCUUCCAAGACGACAUGUACGACGCAACAGGAGACGAAUCCGUCAACCGCCUGCAGCAGCGUCUGAUCGAGUUAACCGGCAAAGAAGCCGCCAUGUGGGCUCUGUCCGGCACAAUGGGAAACCAGAUCUGUCUCCGGACCCAUUUGACGCAACCGCCGCACACAGUGUUGCUCGACUAUAGGGCCCAUGUCCAUUGUUGGGAGACCGGUGCUAUGCCCGUGAUGUCCCAGGCUUCUGUGACGCAGGUGCAUCCGAAGAAUGGUUUGCAUUUGACGCUGGAGGAUGUCAAGAAGCAUAUCAUUGCUGAUGGGAACAUUCACUUCCCUCCAACACGCGUGGUCUCGUUGGAAAACUCAUUAAGCGGUACUAUUCUACCCCUCAAAGACGCCAAGGAAAUUUCAGACUAUGUCCGAAACUUCCCCGUUGAAGAAGGCGAAAAGCCUAUUGCUAUGCACCUCGACGGUGCCCGUCUGUUUGACGCCGUAGCAGCCGAGGGCGUCAGUCUGAAAGACUACUGCGCCAAUUUCGACUCGGUCAGUAUCUGUCUUGCAAAGGGUCUCGGUGCCCCAAUGGGAAGUAUUAUUGUUGGAUCGAAAAAGUUUAUACAUCGUGCCCGAUUGUUUAGAAAGAUGUUUGGUGGUGGUACGCGGCAGCCUGGUAUGAUGGCUGCUGCCGCCCUCUGCGCCCUAGAAUAUACAAUGCCUUUGUUACCCAAGGUCCACGCUUUAACCAAGCAAACCGCCGACUCCCUGCGCGAAGCCGGAUAUAAAAUCAGCCUCCCCGUGCAGACGAACAUGAUCGUUCUGGACCUCGAAGAAGCCGGUAUUCCACCAGCGGCCUUUGUGGAAUAUGGAAAGCGAGCUGGUGUAACGGUGUUCCCGACUGGACGGCUUGUGUUCCAUCAUCAGAUCUCGGCGGCGGCAGCGUCGCGGCUUGUUGAUGCGAUGACGAUGCUUAUAGAGGAUAAGAAGGCUGGAAAGCAGUUAGAGAAUCAUAAGGUUACAGGCGGGUAUAUGUAA